AUGGUGGAGUGCUUUACACAGAUAGCUGAGGACCCGGAUUGCCGGGUGGUUGUCGUCUCCGGUGCAGGAGACGUCUUCACAGCUGGCAUUGACUUGAUGGACAUGGCCAGUGAAGUCUUGCACCCUGAAGGGGAUGACAUGGCCAGGACUUCCUGGAACAUGCGACGCAUCAUCGCCAAGUACCAGGAAACCUUCAGCGUCAUUGAAAGGUGUCCAAAGCCAGUGGUUGUGGCAGUGCAGGGAGCUUGUAUUGGAGGCGGAGUGGAUCUGAUCACAGCCUGUGAUAUCCGUCUCUGCACUCAAGAUGCCUGGUUUCAGGUGAAGGAAGUAGAUAUUGGCCUAGCAGCUGACGUUGGAACUCUGCAGCGCCUACCUAAAGUCAUUGGGAGCCGGAGCCUGGUGAAUGAGUUGGCUCUGACAGCGAGGAAGAUGUAUGCCGAUGAGGCCAAGGAAAGUGGAUUAGUCAGCCGUGUAUUUCCGGACAAGGUGGCGAUGUUGGCUGGAGCUCUUGAGAUGGCAGGGGAGAUAGCAGGCCGCAGCCCUGUGGCUGUCCAGGGAACCAAGGUCAACCUGAUCUACUCCAGAGACCACAGUGUGGCAGAGGGCCUGAACUACAUGGCAACGUGGAACAUGAGCAUGCUGCAGACGGAGGAUGUCAUGAAGUCAGCUGCAGCCUCCAUGGAGAAGAAGAGUCCUAAAACAAUAACUUUCUCCAAGCUCUGA